ACGAAAAAUCUCUUUCUAGGGUUUAGCUUCACGAAUCUGCUCCGCAUCAACAAUUCAUUUCGGAAGUUGGAUCGAUUUCUCUCGCAGAGUUGAUUUCAGUAGUGAUUUCUAGUUUUACGGUUUGUGAUUUCUGGACAUUGUGAAGGUUCAGGAAUCAGGGUUUAAGCCUAAUUUAGGGUUUUAGGGUUGUCAGUGCAAGUGCACUCGUUUCGUGAGCUGUGUGUGGUGAUAGCUCCAUUGUUUUUCGAUCCACAGAGGAUAUUGUAGAAGAAUUCUUACUCUGGAUUAGAUUACGGGAAUGUGUUGUUGGAACGCCAGAUUGUUUGCAAUUUCAUUGACCAUGGUAGUGGACAUGGCUUGUUGCGUCUUGUUCAGGUGCGUGUGAGCUUAUCAUGGUAGCGAGUAACAAGCGAAUGUGCUGAAAUGGGGAUUCUUCACUUAGCCAAUGAGCUACGGUUGCUACGUUGCACGUUUACAGUGUCCAAUGGAUCGUUGGAACAGCAGGAAGUUGAAGCUCACAGCGAUGAGAAUGGAGUGAACUGGGCUGCUUGUUUGCAACAUUUAGUGGAAAAUAUCGAAGCUGGGGAGUACUUCCAAGCCCUUGCGUCGCGGGGAGUAGAAGCGUUGCUCUGGCCUGGUUCUGCAGGCGCCUUCAAGCAGGGUGGCAGUGAAACUGAAAACAGAGCGUGGUUCAAUUCGCAGAAAAUCAGAAUAAAAGAAUUUGUUAGCAAUCAGGUUAAGUCAAGUGAGGUGACCGAAGAUGACGAGGAGAUCCAAGAUUUGAUUUUGUUAGGUGCUGGUGUGGCCUCUCUCCUGGCCUUCGUGCAGUCAAAUUUGACCGGACCUCAAGUGGGAGGAUCGGCCAUUUCGGCAAAUACUGAUGAUGCAGUCGAUGAUGUUGAUGAUUGGGCUCGCCAGCAGUUGAUGAUAGAUGGUUGUGACCUUUUGGGGAAAUUAUAUGUUCCAGAGUAUCUCAUUUUGUCUAAAUAUUUACUGGUUGAUAUUAAGACAAAGUCAGCUGGGUUUGCCACUAGAUCUUGGUGGGCUUUAAGAAAUUCGAUAACGCAACAGCGCUGUCUGGCUGAGCGGUCACCUUCAUUGCAAUCUCUACUUCGUGAUUUGUCCAGUACAGUAUUGUCUACUUUUGGCACUACUGAAGUUGUGCAAGGUCAAGAGUGGGGUCACCUUCUACUUCCUGGUGAGGCUAGAAUCCUUGCAGCAGCGGCUCAACUCGAGUCAGGUUUCGUAGAACACGAAUUUGGUCAUGACAACAAAGCUCGAGUAUGCUUUGAGCGUGCAGUGCAAACUUGUGGACUGGAGCUUUCUGUCGUUGGUGCUCUAGGUUUUCGUACUGUUCAUCAGAUUGAUGCAAAGGCUCAAAUGGUCUUGCGUGCAGAUUCUAGUUCCACAGUGGGAGCCGAACUAGAUACCUGGAGACGAAUGUCUGCUUUAGAUACUAAAGCAAAAGAUAAGGGCAGUGAGAUUCUGUUAGCUCCAAAGCUUGUGGAAGAGGAAGUACACAAUGACGUUGUUUUGAACAAAGAAUCCAGUGAAGGAGGCUUGAAAGUGCUCAGUACCAUUGAACAGGCUGUCAUUCUUGCCAAGUGUGUUGAUGUGCAGAGAAGUAAUCCAGACGAUGAACUUCGCACAUGGCAGAUGGCGCCAUAUAUUGAGGCAGUGUAUGUUCAAAAACAAUCAGACCCUAUGGUGAGAGCUCUCUGUGAGUUGCUGCGAGUUAGAUGGGAACGCCUUCGUUCUCGAACAAAGGAGCGUGCAUAUGCAAUGAUGGAGGAGCUGGCGGAGGAAAUAAGAAGGGGUACUACAAAAACAAAUGUCAGAAUGUGCCAUGUUUUCUCUGUGGCCUUCCCAAUGAUGCCAUCCUUUUUGAAUCUCUUAGGGAAGAAAGCAGCUGCUGCUGAUUUGAUUAACCGACGGCUAAGAUCGCAUCCAAACGAUCCCCGCCUUUGGUGUUCUUUGGGGGAUGUCACUCUUUCUGAUGACUGCUACAGAAAAGCCUGGGAAGUGUCCAAUCAGCACUAUGCGCGGGCUCAGCGAUCCCUUGGACGUACUUCUUAUUCAAGAAAAGAGUAUGCAAAGUCUAUGGAACACUGGAAAUUGGCUCUAAAAUUGAAUCCUCUCCAUCCAGACGGUUGGUUUGCUCUUGGGUCUGCUGCUGUGCAAGCAAAUGAUGUGGAUACAGCGAUCAACGCCUUCACUCGGUCUGUACAGCUAGAUCCAGAGAAUGGAGAGUCAUGGAACAAUUUAGCUGCCCUGAAUAUGGUCAGGAGAAGAAGUAAAGAGGCAUUUAGUGCAUUUAAAGAGGCCCUUAAGUACAAACGAAAUAGCUGGCAGAUGUGGGAAAAUUUUGCCCAAGUUUCUGUGGACAUUUCAAAUUUUAGCCAGGCAUUAGAAGCACUAAACAAAGUUUUGGAGCUAUCUGAAGGGAAACGUAUGGACCUGGUUACGUUAACAAAAAUAGUGGAAGAAGUAGAGAGAUUGAAGACUGUAGCAGCCUCAGCCAAUUCUACCGAUUCGAAUUUACAUGAUCAUGGUGAUGCUUCUGUAUCAGACCAAGGAAGGGUUGUAGAUAUUGAAGUAAGUCAGAGUGAGAUCCAUCCACCAAAGAAUGAUGAAGCACCAGAACAGAUUAUGUUCAACAGAGAGAUGGUUAAACUGUUUGAGAAGACGGGCAAGCUCCUGAAUCAGGUUGUUCAAUCUAAAAUUAGCGGAGGUGAGAUCUGGGGUCUGAAAGCGAGGUGGCAUCGUGCUAACGGAGACCUAAUGAUGUGCACGGAAGCAGCUCUGAAGCAAGUCCGAGCCCUUCAGGGCACUAGCUGGCAGAACAAUCAGGAGAAAUUUGAGAGCUAUGCUACAGCAUCUCUUCAACUUUGUCAGGCAUACAUUGAAACUUUCCAAGAAAAUGGCGGUGCGAAGGAUCUCUCAGCUGCAAUCAUGCAUCUACGUACUACACUCAAACAGGGUCAGCAAUUUUCAGUAACUGAUCAAUACAAGAAAAUGGAGGCUUGUAAACAAGAAGCUGAAAAAAUGAGGGAAACUUUUCUGGCUAAGCAGCAGGCGACAUAACUCGUUGAAACUUAGAGCAUUUUGAACUCGCUGUUGUUGGGUGUACUAAACAUCAAUUGACAUGGGCUUAAUUUAGUUCACUGGGUUACACCUUCGGCUUCAGAAUGUGUCAAACUGAUGGGAUAUGUCGGACUUGAGAAUUUCAAUUUUCAUAUCAAAUUGUGGACUGAUAAAAUAUUGUUGCGAUGUUGCUGUAGCAAUGGACCAUAGUGUUUGAUAAAUUUGGUCUUUUGAUCCACACUGUUCAAAUUU